AUGGCGCCGAAGAAGGCCACGAAGGGGGCCGUGAAAGUUCCCGCCGUCCCCAAGCCGUCAAAGACAUUCGUCGCCGGGCAGCGCGAGAAGCACGCCGGCGGUCAUGUCGACGUCGGGGCUGAGGCGUUGGCACUUGCGGCCAAUCUCGUGCAUGGCUCGGCUAGCGACCGCGUCGUGCCCCAUCUCGGUGGGCGAGGCGUCGUGCCCCGCUUGGUCCAGGCGGAGGAGGUUGAAAAGGUGCGCGCGGAGCUCGUCAAGGUUCCCGAGAAUGACCUCGAGAUGCAGCCGGUGGUCACCGCCGCCGCGGCUCCGCUGGCCGACGGCCUCGUUCCGGUGGUCAAGGAGGCCUUCGGUCCCGGCGCCAAGGUCAAGCAGAUGCGGUUCAAGUCGGGCGUGCGCACCGAGGUGGAGGAGGCCAAGAUCAAGGCCGCGGUAGAGAAGGCCGAGGCGGAGUCGCCGCCCGUUUUGGCGGACCUCAUCCAGAAGCUCAUCGAGCUGAUCACGCAAGGCGGCAAGCUGCGUGUACAGCUGCCAGAGACAGGUUGGACGCCGCCGACCGUUUUCAGCUUCAACGUCCCCUGCAUCUGCGGUCGCCACAGCGUUCGCGUCACCAAGCAGAGUAGUACGAUAACAACUACCAUCACCUGGGACGUGAAUGUCUGUGCAUUGCGCACGCCUGCCGCACCCUGGGAGCGGCUUGUCGCCAACGGCUCGCCGCCCUCUUUGCGCCACGGCACGGCCUGCGCCACGCUGAAGCCGGACGCACGGUCUGUGGUCUGUGUCUUUGGCGGCGUCGACCCCGCUGCGCCCCUCGGCGCUUGCUACCUCGGUGACCUGCACGUGCUCGACGUGAACAAAAGCUUGAUGGUGUGGCGCCACCUGCGCCCUCGCGGCGAUGCCUCGUGGCCACAGCCGCGCGCGUACCACACGGCCACGGCCGUCGACAAGCGCAACUUGCUCGUCUUUGGAGGCAUUGCGGCACUUUGCCUGCCGAUCCCUUGCUCUCGCCUCUCGGCGUAA